AUGGCAUUUUGGGCACGAUUUGUUUCCUACGCCCUGCUCGCAGUAUGUGCAUCGGCCUGGCGACAUGCGAGCAAAUCUGAGCUUGAAGAAGCCCUCAAUGGUGGGCACGACACCUUAGUUGCAUUUGUCGACGUAAGCUUCAAGUUCUGCAAACUUUGGAACAGCCAAUUGCUCGAGAAGGAAUGGGAUUCAAUCACAUACUACGAUAAAACAAUCUUGAGCCUCAACUGCGCGGUAAACGCACAUAUCUGCGAAGAGCACGAUGUGCGGUCGUUUCCCGCCAUUCGAUUGUACCGAUCAGCCAAGACAUUCGAAUAUUAUCGAGGACCUAGGCAAGCAGGGGAUAUUACCGCCUUCGUUAAACGUUCAUCACGCCCAGUUAUCUCAAGUCUAGGCUUAGAAAACGUCACCGACUUCGCCUACGCCGAUUCCGUCGUCUUCAUCCUUCGCCUCACAGACCAAGACGCAGGCAAAGGUCUCUACAAGCGAUUUCUCGAUUUAGCCACUGACAAUGCGCAUCAUUAUUCCUUUGGCGCCAUAUCGCGCGACCCGGCAGAUGGCCCAUCGUCUCUCGACUGCUUCAAUAAUCUUGACCAUUUCAUACUGUCGACAACUGAGUUCUUUAAGGAUGUCUACUCGCUAGAUGAUUUCCUGAAAUCAUGCAGCUCCCGUCUAGUUCCCGAGAUGACCCACGGAAACAAGGCCGAAUACAAAGAGAGCAAAACCAACGUCCUGUACUUCUUCGACUUCAACUCAGCCCGACGAGAGCAGUACGCCUUCCACAUCAAAGAAACUGCCCGAAAAUACGAACGAGAUCUCAGAUUCGUCACCGUCGAUCCGCCCGCGUUUCCGGAUAUACCAGCAAGCAUGGGGUUGAAAUGGACUUUUCCCGCCAUAGCGCUGCAAGAUAGCAAGACUGGUCUCAUGUAUCACUCAGAGCAGAGCGAUUCCAUCACGCCUGGAUUCGUGGAGAACUUUCUUCGAUCUGUAGCCGAUGGGAAGAUUCAGCCUGCUUUUCACGAGUCUGUGGAAAGUCAACGCGAUGAGGAGGUCAGGGUUGAUAUUGGUGAUGGUCCGAAGGGAGUCGUGCAUGAUGAGUUGUAA